AAGUGCUUCCGUCAGCGGGGCAACUUUUCCGUGCGCCACCGCGCCACUGAGCCGUUCUCGGAAGGGGGAAAGUUUCCACGCAAAAACCUCAGCGAGCAUGGGUCCGCAGUGAAAACUGUCCCACUUUCGUUCUCCCCCCCACCCUCAAAGCCAAGCGACAACAUGCAGAAGAGCGUCCGCUACAACGAAGGGCACGCGCUCUUUCUGUCGGCGGUCGCGCGUAAAGAGGGAACCAAGCGCGGCUUUCUCUGCAAGAAGACCACGGAGAACAGCCGGUGGCACGAGAAGUUCUUCGCCCUCUACCAGAAUAUACUGUUCUACUUCGAGAACGAGCAGAGCGCGCGACCGGCUGGGAUUUACCUGUUGGAGGGAUGCACCUGCGAGCGCGCGCCGGCGCCCAAGCUGUCCACGACCGGGAAGGAAGCGCUGGACAAACAGCACUAUUUCCUCAUUGUGUUUGGGCAUGAUGGUCAGAAACCGCUGGAGCUGCGAACAGAAGAGGAAUAUGAGUGUGACGAAUGGGUCGAGGCCAUCCAGCAGGCAAGCUAUUCUGACAUCAUAAUUGAACGAGAGGUGCUGAUGCAGAAAUACAUCCACCUAGUGCAGAUUGUAGAGACUGAGAAGGUGGCUGCCAAUCAGUUGCGAACUCAGCUGGAGGACCAGGACACAGAAAUUGAGAGGCUCAAAUCAGAGAUUGUAGCUCUGAACAAAACCAAGGAGCGGAUGCGGCCAUAUCAUGUCUACCAAGAAAAUGAAGACCCUGAUAUAAAAAAGAUCAAAAAGGUGCAGAGUUUCAUGCGGGGCUGGCUUUGUCGCAGGAAGUGGAAGAUUAUUGUUCAGGACUACAUUUGCUCUCCUCACGCUGAGAGCAUGAGGAAGAGGAACCAGAUCGUCUUCAAUAUGGUUGAGGCAGAGACAGAGUAUGUCCACCAGCUCUAUAUCCUGGUCAACUGUUUCCUUCGACCUCUGAGAAUGGCUGCAAGCUCCAAGAAACCCCCCAUCAGUCAUGACGACGUGAGCAGCAUCUUCCUCAAUAGUGAGACCAUCAUGUUCCUACAUGAGAUUUUCCAUCAAGGCUUGAAGGCGAGGAUAGCCAACUGGCCAACUCUGGUGCUGGCUGACCUGUUUGACAUUCUGCUGCCAAUGCUAAACAUCUACCAGGAGUUUGUGCGCAACCACCAGUACAGCCUGCAGGUUUUAGCCAACUGUAAGCAGAACAGAGACUUUGACAAGCUACUGAAACAGUACGAGUCUAACGCUGCCUGUGAGGGAAGGAUGCUGGAGACCUUCCUUACUUACCCCAUGUUCCAGAUACCUCGCUAUAUCAUCACCCUACAUGAACUCCUGGCACACACACCUCACGAGCAUGUGGAGCGCAAGAGUCUGGAAUUUGCUAAAUCCAAAUUAGAGGAAUUAUCCAGAGUAAUGCAUGAUGAAGUGAGUGACACAGAAAACAUACGGAAGAAUCUGGCCAUAGAGAGGAUGAUAGUCGAGGGUUGUGAUAUCCUGCUGGACACCAGCCAGACCUUCGUCAGGCAGGGCUCUCUGAUCCAGCUGCCGUCAGUGGAACGAGGGAAACUCAGCAAGGUCCGCCUGGGAUCUCUGUCACUGAAGAAAGAAGGGGAAAGGCAGUGCUUUCUCUUUACCAAACACUUCCUUGUCUGCACUCGCAGCUCUGGGGGGAAACUACACCUUCUUAAGCAAGGUGGGGUUUUGUCCCUUAUUGACUGCACUCUAAUAGAGGAACCAGAUGCCAAUGAUGAGGAGUCUAAAUCUGGUGGUCAAGUGUUUGGUCAACUUGACUUUAAGUUGGUGGUGGAGCCUUCAGACUCAUCUUCAUUUACUGUGGUGCUACUGGCACCAUCGCGGCAGGAGAAGGCCGCAUGGACCAGUGAUAUUAGCCAGUGCAUAGAUAAUAUCCGUUGUAAUGGCUUGAUGACCAGUGUGUUUGAGGAAAACUCCAAAGUCACUGUGCCUCACAUGAUCAAAUCCGAUGUGCGCCUCCAUAAAGAUGAUGUUGACAUUUGCUUCAGCAAGACGCUCAACUCCUGCAAGGUCCCCCAGAUCCGUUAUGCCAGCGUGGAGCGGCUGCUGGAGAGGCUGACCGACCUGCGCUUCCUCUCCAUAGACUUCCUCAACACCUUUCUGCACACAUACAGGAUCUUCACCACUGCGUCAGUGGUCAUGGACAAACUGGCAGACAUCUACAAGAAGCCAUUUUCCUCCAUACCUAUCAGGGCGCAGUACCACUCAUUUGACCGUCUGUCUGUAUCAUCCAUCUGUCCUGACUACAGUCUGAAGAUCAAGAAGAUAGCCAUCGAUCAGUCCAAAUCAUUGGAGCUGUUUUUCGCCACCAAUCAAAAUAAUAGAAGUGGUGAACACAUAAAUGACAGAUCACCGCAGAUCUGCCGCAAGUUCUCCUCUCCACCACCACUGUCUAUCGCUUCCCGCACUUCUUCUCCUGUCCGAACUCGAAAGCUUUCCCUCCACUCCCCAAUCACUGCAAGGGUCGGAGGCCUUGACCUGACCAGUCCUCUGUCCAACAUAAUCAUUAACCACAACGCUUCCCAAUCUGCCACCAGUAGCCCAACCUCUGCAAACACACCUCCAUUUCCAACACCUCAGACCCCAACUCCAACUGCUACCUCUCCUCCACCUCCGUCUUCCACCUCUCCCCCACCUAACAUCUCCAAGCCAGUGCAAGAGCAAGUUCCUCCCACUCCGUCAUCGCCCGACCAGAGUCCUUGCCCAGCAGGAGAGGGGGAGGAAGUGCCCAGGAUUGACCCUUUCUGUGGGAAGCUGCGACGGAGCAUUCGCAGAACUGUCCUGGAAUCGGUGUCGCUGGAGAAAUUCAACCCAGAAUCCCCACAGAGCAGUGAGGCGGGGGACAUGUCUCCCUGUCGCUCUCCGUCCACACCACGACACCUUCGCUACAGACAGCCCGGAGUCCAGUCUGGGGAAAAUUCACGCUGCUCAGUCUCUCCUGCCUCAGCUUUUGCAAUUGCAACUGCAGCAGCAGGACAUGGUACCCCACCAGUGUUCAGUAACUCCGAGAGAACCUGUGAUAAAGAGUUCAUCAUCCGCAGGGCUGCGACUAACAGAGUUCUCAAUGUGCUGCGUCACUGGGUUUCCAAGCACUCUCAGGACUUUGAGAUGAAUGGGGAACUGAAGAUGUCUGUGAUCUACCUCCUGGAGGAGGUGCUCAGAGAUCCAGACCUGCUGCCUCAGGAGAGAAAAGCUACGGCCAACAUAUUAAGUGCCCUUUCUCAAGAUGAUCAGGAUGAUGCCCAGUUGAGGAUAGAAGACAUCUUACAGAUGGCAGACUGUCCAAAGGCAGAGUAUUUCGAGACCCUCUCCGCGAUGGAGCUGGCAGAGCAGAUCACUUUGCUGGAUCACAUCGUCUUCAGGAGCAUUCCUUAUGAAGAGUUUCUGGGCCAGGGAUGGAUGAAGGUGGACAAGACAGAAAGGACGCCAUAUAUCAUGAAGACAAGUCAACAUUUCAAUGAUAUGAGUAACCUGGUGGCAUCCCAGAUAAUGAGCCAUACGGAUGUGGGCUCAAGAGCCAGCUCAAUUGAGAAGUGGGUGGCUGUGGCAGACAUCUGCCGCUGUCUGAACAACUACAAUGGGGUGCUGGAGAUCACAUCUGCUCUCAAUCGCAGUGCCAUCUACCGUUUGAAGAAGACUUGGGCCAAAAUCAGCAAACAGACUAAAGCUCUAAUGGACAAGCUGCAGAAGACUGUUUCCUCUGAGGGCAGAUUUAAAAAUCUGAGGGAGACAUUGAAAAACUGCAACCCUCCAUGUGUGCCAUACCUCGGAAUGUAUCUAACAGACUUGGCCUUCAUUGAGGAAGGAACUCCAAAUUUUACUGAGGAAGGCCUUAUAUCCCACAUCAUCCGAGAAAUUCGACAGUUUCAGCAGACACCUUAUAGGAUAGAACACCAAGCCAAGGUGACUCAGUAUCUUCUGGAUAAAACACUGACCAUGGAUGAGGACACACUCUAUGAUCUCUCUUUGAAGAUUGAGCCUAGACUGCCCGCCUGAGUUACAGCUCUUUGUGGCCUAUGGGAGCCUGCCAAACCUGGACCCUCCGCUAAGGGUGACACCCCCCUGUCAUCUCAUCAAUGUAGAGGGAAUUGAGAGAAAAGUUUUGAGAACGAUGUGGAUAUGGAAAGAAACAUUCACUCUUGUGAGAGAUGUCUGCGAGGUAGCAUAAGAGGACAAGGACUGAGGUGUUUCUGUGAUUGGCUGCAUUGCAUGAAGGUUUCGAGGGAAUUGCAUGUUGCUGUUUGUGCUCAUCAUGCCUCAGUCCAGAGUGCGGUGCGCUGGACUUCCUCAGACAGCCCGAGAAUGCAGAAGUGGGAGAGCAGAGAGUGAAUGGAUGAAAUACAAUGGAUGUGACAGAGAUGUAGCAUAUACAGAUAGUGUGGCAGACAGAUGUCUGAGCUUGUGUCUCUGUGCCGUUGUCUGUGUUCUGUAGCCUGUGCAACUCCGUGCCAUGUUAUGGAGCAAGAUCCCCAAAGCGCUAUCCGUCACGAUAGUCACCGCAUAAAACUUGCAUGAUUUCAGCUCGAGAUGUAACUGACCGUCUUUCCACCUGACUCCUGACCACUGGCUUAGCGUGCUUCACUCUGACCAGAGUGACUCUAAGUCACUAUGCAUCCUCAAUGGCCUCAAUGAGAUUUGAACUAUAAUGCAAAAAAGACACAACAUUUAAAAAUAAAAAUGACAUUUUUAUUGAUGAAAACUUUUUAAAUAUUACUCAGAUAAAACAAUGAGUCCUAUAUUUUUUUCAGGUUGUAUUUAGCUAAAGUCUUCAUACAAUCAGAGAGCUAUAUUUUUAAUCAAAACUAACGAGAUGAAUGGUUUACCAGUGCCUUCUCAAAGUGUUAGUCAAAUUUUCCAAAAUGGGCAAUUUUCCAGAAUAAAGCUUUGAAUAAUUAACGGAUUCCCACCUUAAUUAUGAAAAAGAAUAAUUUUAUAUUCAUUUACUAAAGUUCUUACUUCUUGCUAAAUUAUUGAUAGAGCAGCAUGAUACUAUAACAAAAAAAAGAUGGUGAAACGAUGUCAAUAAAGUGAUGCAACAUUGGAUCAUAAGCAAGUAUCUCCCUCUGCUGUUUAAACAUUGCUAUAACCACUGCUAACCCAAGCUUCUGCAGCAUUCUUGUGCAGUUUGGUUGUUUUGUCAUCUGUACUAACAUGUUUGUUAAGGUUCUAUGCGCAACUGAAACUUGAUUAUUAUUUAGAUUUAGACUGGGACGGUUUUGCACUCUGACAUGUAGCUUUGCUUGACUGAUAGUAUGAUGGCCGUUCAUUACUAUUUAUUUAUGAUAUCAGACACUGUAUUUAUUUUUGUAUAUAGAGAUUCCAAACAUAUAAUGCAAUUGUAAUGCUGUGAAAAUCAAGUUUAUUGUUGUUCUGGUUUUUGGGUCCUUUUUGUUUUAAAGAUGCAGCCUCUUAAAUUUUUUUCCUUCCGGCCAGUCGCCAGAUAUUUUCAGCUUCAGAAUCAGCUGGGGUGGGAGUGGUUCACGUAUGAAGUCGUUUGCAUUCUAAGAGGCUGUGUCUUCCAAUAACUUGUACAGAAAAAACAAAACAAAAAUCAGUUUCAUUUUAGUUGCUUUGAUUUAAGAUGCCUUCUGAAGGUAAAAAAAAAUGUAGCAUUUGAUUAAUCAGACUUUGUUUUCCAUAUUUAUGAAAUAUUGUAGUUGCAUGCACACAAGAGCUGCAUGCUGUGCAUGUCUGACUGGAUGCUCCCUUUCCCUUCUUCCUCUGCUUCGCUAAAUUGAUAUUGUCUCUGUAACUGUUAAAAACUAUAAAAACAACAGUUUGUCAAAUAAAUCUGGCACGUUUGUCUCUUUGUGGAUCUCACAUGUCGAGUAUAAUCCUAAGUCUGCAUCAUCUACAAAAGUUGCCUGUUGUUAUAUAGUAAAAUGUUGGAACUUUGGUCAUUAAAAAGAAAAAAAAACAUUCUUUAUCAAACAGAAAAAGAAAUUCAGAAUGAGCAAAUGUUUAUUUUCCAUAAACUUGUCCUUUUAAAUGUGUCUUUAAUGCUGUUUUACAAACAGGUUUUGGAAUAGAAGAUGCUCUGUUUGUAUUGUUAUAUUAUUUAUGUGGAUUUGUUUCCUUGUUAAGUUGUUUGCAUUUUUCACUUGUGAAUGCAGG